AUGGCACAAACAUACACACUCUCUUUGCCGGCCCGAGGACCGUGGCGGUAUUUAAAGAAGCUACUGGAUACGGUGUUUAAAGAGAUUGCAGCUGGAGGUUCAUUUGGAUGCUGUGAACCUGUAAGUGCAGUAGAUGGAGGUGCCGUCAUCCAGUGUGUCAUGACACUCGAGACCUGCGAGAUUCUCAGAAUAUCUCGUUCUGGCUACAAGAAGCUGAAAAAGGACAUCCUGGCACAGGACCAUGAAGUUAAAGUGUCUUUGAUCCAGGGUUGCCAGCUGUACCUUCACUGGCCAAAGCUUUCCAUCAACCACCUGGUCGACGGCAUGCAGCUAAAAACAUUCCCUGCUAAUCAAGUGCUGGUGAAGGAGGGAAAGAUCUGUCCGUUUGUGGCCUUCAUUGGACGUGGAGAAUGUCACAUCCUCCAGGAUGUGGGGUCAUUGAUAAAACCUGUUGACAAAAAGGGCUGCAGGAUCAGAUUCGUGAAUGUUGGUAUGCUGGGUCCAAAACAGUCAUUUGGAGAGGUCAGCAUCCUACUGAACCAGCCGUCCCCUUGUACUGUUAUCACUGCCACUGAAGUUCAUGGUGGAAUCAUUCAACCAGAAUGCCUUAAAGGACUGGACUCAGUGACCACUUCUCUUAUACUGCAGACUGCACGACCAGUGUGUGGAAAGCUCAGUGAGGAGGAAGUCUUGAAGGAGUUCCUGACACAGGAGAGGAUGAAGAAAUGGGAACAUGAGAAGAGGAAGAUACUUUCUGAUGCUCUGUUUUAUAAUGGCGUUCACCCAGGAAGAGGCAAAUGGGAUUUUAACAGAGGACCAAGAGGAGUAACUGGGAAAUCCAAGAAGAGCAUAUGAACUUUUGACAGAUAAACACACGCACAAAUACAAAUGCAGUUAUAUUAGGGGUUGCACAGGCUAGUUCUGCCACCUCAUGAGAGCAAAACGCUGAAAAGUGAAUUUUCAGAUUUGCAUAAUUCCAAAUAUAUUUGCAAAUGUCUUUGGAAUAAACAUCACAAGAAAUGUGAAAAGAAACUACUGUAGGUGCAAGCAUAUUUAAGUGAGAAAUUUCGGUUGCACUUUAUUUUACAGUACGUGUACUUACAUGUACUCAUAGUGUACUUAAAGUGUACUUAUCUAAGAAAAUUCUGGCAAUACAAGGUAACUACAUAGGAUAGGGUUAGGUUUAGGGGUAGGUUCAGGGUUAGUACCUAGUUAUUACAUAGUUAUUGUAUUACUAUAAUAAGUACAUAGUAUGUACAUCGGGAACAGGACUGUAAAAUAAAGUGCUACCGAAAUUUCCUAUAUUU